GGUGUCCACAACAAAAGGGCACAGCUGUGGAGCUAUAAAUAACCAACAUGUAAUCUGAUUUACAGGUAAAUUAGAAGGAUAAGAACACAUUAAAAAUAUUAAACACUGGAUUAAAUUCAAAUGACAAAAAUCUGAACAUGCGAAUCAAAAAUCUUAAUUGUCUUUUCAUAAUCCUUGUCCAAACUUCCAGGAGAUUUUGGAUGAUGAAAAAUGCUGUCAAAGAUCACUGAACAGAUGACUGACAUGUCUGUCAUGUGGACCCACAGAGCUACAGAAGAAACAAACUUCCUGGUUCUGGCCUGGGCUCUCCCCCACCACAAGAUCCUAUACUGUAUAUGCGUCUGCAUAAGUCUGGCAUGCUACAAUAACUCAAGCAUCUGAAAUGUGGUUGUUUUAUUGUGUUUGUGUAGCAGCAGAAUCCAGGUUUUUGUUUUGUUUUUCUGGAUGAUAUUUAGAUUUCAGAUGUUUGUUUGUCAUGGGGGUCAAAAGAACUGGACAUGAAUGAAAAGAGGAAAUCUGAGAUGGCUUUCUUUGGUUUAAAAGCCCACAACUGGACUAAUUUGAUCCAAUAGUCAGAGUUUAGACUUUUUCACAAUAAAAAAAGGGGAGUAGCAGAAACUGGAGCAGGUCCACAAGGCAAUGGAAUCUGGAAAGACGUUAUAGUUGAUGUAGACGCCCGUUCUGAUUCAGACUCUAUAGGUCUCUGUGGGUCCACCUGUGUUCAUCCAACAUUGACUUCAUAAACAUAGUAACAAACUAGGUGCAUCAUGUUAAAUCUCUGCCCUGGUGAGAUUCAUGUGGACUUGGACUGAUAAUAAGAGAGAGAGCAGAAAUCAUACUGUACAUCAUAUGGUGUUAUACCCCUGUAGGCGUGUUUUCAAACCAGUAUGGUAAAUGGUCCAAACUUGUAUAGCGCAUUUAAACACCCUUCGGGAUCCAAAGUGCUUUACACUACUUCUCAUUCACCCAUUCACUCUCGUACUCAAACUGAUGCCAGUGGCUGCCAUGCACCGGCUGAAACACCAGCCAGAACCCAGUCAGAUGUUUGGCUGAUUUAUAAACAGGUCUAAGCAUGACAUGCAUAAACAAUCAGAACCUCAAUAGAAUUUUCUUCAUUCUUUUAUUUUUUUAAAUUUAGUUCUAUGUAUGUGUGUUACAGUGUGUGUUACGUAAGAACGCCUCGUCUCAGCUCUGAUGUUCUGACGAUGACGAAUCAAAACCUCACUGAGGCAAAUUGAGCUGAUGUUCAGUUCUGUUCAGAAACCAAGACACUGCAGCUUCAUUUUCUGGAUUUUACUCCAGCUACUGUAGUAUUUUUCUAACAUUGUAAUGCUUAGUACAUUAAUAUUACUGUAGUAUAGAUAGUAAUAAUGUGAAUAUGUAAGUGUAAAUUGUCAUUUUAAUAUUUAAAAUUAAUUUAGUUUUCUAACUGACCUUGUAAAUUAAGUGUGUUUUUCUAAUGAAUCUGUUUCAGAAGAAUAAAAAAAAACAGAACUUAAUGGAGCAGAACUGGAAUGAAGCCAAAUAGAUCUGUAUCUAGUUCAGUUCUUGACGGUCGGACUUUUUAAGAACCUUUGCUCUCAAAGGGAGAGAAAUAUUUUGGAUUUUCUUUUUCAAUUUGUUCAUAUUUUUAAUGGAUGCAUUAACGGUACCCCAUUAGAUCUUCCUCUACACCUCCACUCUAUAUUUUCACCUCAGUUCUUCCUCCACCUCUUCACUCUGACCUUGUCUCAUCCUCUCUCUCUUUCUGUCUGCAUCUUCCUCAUCAUCAUCAUCCCCGUUCUUCUCCAACUCCUCAACUUCUCCCUGCUUAUUUUUUUAAGUCGUUCUUACCCCCUCCCCACCAUGGUGUAUCUAAAAUCCCCUCCUCCCCCCUCAGUCUCCCCUCGCCAGCCUGUCGGUGUUUCGACGAAGCAGAAGGAGAAACCAGAGGAGCGGCAUAGCGAUGCUGACAGCGCGGCAUAAUGUCUUUCACCUCAUCCUCUUCAUGGUCCUCCUGGUCCCGGACUGUGGGAGCUUUCUUUCUCUUUCAGCUCCUUCUAACUCCACCGUGCCUCCUCCACCCGCAGCCGUGCAGUCUUCUGGCGCAGAUCGGACACAAGCUGCGCGUCGGUGCGCUCCUGCCGGCGCAGCGUGCGGUUCGUAUCCCGGUACAGGCAGCGCUAAGCCGCGCGGCGCUCGAUAUGAACCGGGAGCGAGAACCACCCGAGGACCACGGCCCAGAAUGGAAACGGGACAACUUUCUGCCCUACAACCUGAGCCUGGAGCUGAUCACCCGGCAGCCGGAGAGCGCAGAUCCGGAGUCGCUGUUCCGGAGCGUGUGUCAGGGCGUGGUGGUGCAAGGAGUGUCCGCGAUUCUCGCCUUCCCGCAAAACCGUGACGAGCUGCUACAGGUGGACUUCAUGGCCUCGUUCUUGGAGAUCCCGUUCCUCAGCGUCAUUGAGCACGAAGAACCUCUCCGAACACAGAACCAGUUCCAUCUACAGAUGCUGACAGGGGUACCCGAGUCCAGUCUGUCUGACCUGUUGCUGACAGUUCUGCAGCGAUCCGGUUGGAGAGAGGGUACUGCUGUGCUCUGUCGGGGCUGGGAGGAAGCUCGGGGGCUCUUGACACUCCUUGAGGGCAGAGGCAGACCCUGGCACCUUCACGCCCUUCUGAACCUAACACACUUGUCCCAUGAUGCCACACAGGUCCACGACUUUUUGUCUCGACAUUUCAGACGGAACCAUCCCUCACCAGCAUCGGUGCUGCUGUUUGGCUCUGACCCACAAUGCGCAGCAACAGUGCUGCGCAGUGCCCAGGACCUGGGCCUCACCUUACCAACGGUGCACUGGGUUCUGGGCCAGCCUCUGAGCCCUGAUGCACUGCACACUAUUGGGCUGCCCCUUGGACUGCUGGCCUAUGGACAGGUAGACCGGAAACCACUUGAUUUCUAUAUUAGAGAUGCACUGCAACUUGUCACCCGAGCUGUUGCUGCAGCAACUACAUUAAGGCCGGACCUAGCUCUGAUUCAGAACAUGGUGAACUGCUUCAACAAACCCAACAAACAAGAGGUGCCAUCGUCCGGACAGUACCUGUCCAGGUUUCUCUCCAAUACGUCUUUCACUGGUCUGACAGGUCCGGUUCGAGUCCACCAGAACCAGUCUCAGAUCUUUACUUCACAACGGUUCCAUAUCUGGAGCCUGCAGCGGGAUGCAAUGGGUCAGCCCACCUGGGUGACUGUGGGGAGUUGGGAGGGAGGUCAGCUGCAGGUAGAGGAUCAGGAAAUUUGGCAGGGACCCAAACAUUGGCACAGGACGGAGGGGACGGGUGAGAGAACUAAGGGCCGCUGGAGACCGGGCAUGCCGGUGGCAGGCAGCAGAGUCAAAGUGGUGACGCUGGUGGAGCACCCCUUUGUCUUCACACGAGAUGUGGAUGAUGAGGGCAGUUGCCCUGCGGGUCAGUUCUGCCUUGAUGCUGGCACCAACAGUUCGGAAAAUCUGGAGCGGUUCUUUAGGGAGGUGGCAAGCGGGAACAGCAGCUUCCUGCCUAGUGAGUACAGCAAGUGCUGCUAUGGAUACUGCAUAGACCUGCUAGAGAAGCUAGCUGAGGACCUGGGCUUUGAGUUUGACCUAUACAUCGUUGGCGACGGGAAGUAUGGUGCGUGGAAGGGAGGGCGCUGGACUGGGCUUGUUGGGGAUCUUCUUAAUGGACUGGCGGACAUGGCAGUAACUUCGUUCAGUAUCAAUUCAGCCCGGAGUCGUGUGAUUGACUUCACCUCACCCUUCUUCUCUACCAGUCUGGGUAUCCUGGUGCGUAGUAAGGACACGGCAGCCCCAAUAGGAGCCUUCAUGUGGCCCCUGCACUGGUCAAUGUGGGUUGGCAUCUUCCUGGCACUUCAUAUCACAGCACUCUUCCUCACACUGUACGAGUGGAAAAGUCCAUUUGGCAUGACUCCCCACGGACGAAACCGGGUCAGAGUGUUCUCUUACUCAUCCGCUCUGAACCUGUGUUAUGCCAUUCUGUUUGGGCGCACAGUCUCUUCCAAGACUCCAAAGUGCUGGACUGGUCGCUUCCUGAUGAAUCUAUGGGCAAUUUUCUGUCUGCUAGUGUUGUCUAGCUACACUGCUAACCUUGCUGCUGUCAUGGUUGGAGAAAAGACCUUUGAGGAGGUGUCAGGGAUCCACGAUGCAAAGCUGCACCACCCGUCCCGGGGGUUUCGCUUUGGGACAGUGAGAGAGAGCAGCGCGGAGGAUUACAUGAAGAAGAGUUUUCCGGAGAUGCAUGAGUAUAUGAGACGUUUUAAUGAACCAACGACCCCUGAAGGCGUCGCCACCCUCAAGACAGACCCUCCACAGCUCGAUGCCUUCAUCAUGGACAAAGCAUUGCUGGACUACGAAGUUUCCAUUGAUGCUGACUGUAAACUGGCAACAGUGGGGAAACCGUUUGCGAUAGAAGGUUAUGGUAUUGGUCUUCCUCAGAACUCUCCUCUCACAUCCAACAUCUCUGAAUUCAUCAGCAGAUACAAAUCCGACGGUUACAUGGACCUACUACACGACAAGUGGUAUAAGGUGGUUCCCUGUGGGAACAGAGUGUUUGCUGUCACGGAGGUUAGUUGACCACAUUAUGUUUUGUGUUAGUUGUCUUCCAGCACCUUGUUUUCUUGCAUUUUGAAAAAAAAGCCUGAUGGUUACAACUCAAAUUUGAGCUUUGAGCAAAAAUUAAAAUGCUUAGGUUUGUAGGCUGUGGAGUUGUAAUUUCAUGGACAAUUCCUCUUUAUUGCACCAGGCUGUGGCAGUGUGUGCACCUUCAGUGGCAGACUGAUCCACCCACAGUGUAGGAAGGAGCGUUACCGCAGGUCCUUCAUCCCCAUGAUUGUUAGACUAGACUGUUAGACUGUAGGAUGUGAAGGUCUGACAGACUCAAAUCUACACUCAGUUUUGGUCACUUUAUCUUGGAGACUGUUUUUACUGUACUUUAUGUGUGAGUGGGAGAUCUGCUGCUCCAUCCUGCACAAAUUUUAAGUACACUACAUGACUGAGCGGUAAAUAUGUAAAUAUGUUUUUAUGUUGUUUAUGUUAUGUUUUUAGGUUUUAUUUACCAGUUUUGCACAUCUCUCUCUAAUCUUGCUGUCUUCCCUAGCUGCUCCAGCAAUUGAACUUCCCCACUGUGGGAAAACAAAGUCUGUCUGUCUUUCUGUCUGUCUGUCUGUCUGUCUGUCUGUCUGUCUGUCUGCCUGCCUGCCUGCCUGCCUGCCUGCCUGCCUGCCUGCCUGCCUGCGCUAGUGCGUAGGCCCGAGCUCCGAUUUUUUGCUUGGAUUUAUACUUUCCCUCAUUCUUAAAGCUGUUCUGCAAAAGUGGACGUGACACCAAGCAAACUUUGUUUGCACCAGCAAACAACUGAUCUCACUAACAUCGACCUGCAAAAUACUUCACUCUGCCAGAAAUGUCAAGCUUCCCCAAAGAAAUAAGGAGGAAAACAAGGGGAAGCAGAUAAGGCAAAAAAGUUUGUGGAGGGAACAAAGACCGAAGAAAAGCACUGUGCAAAGAGAAGAUUCAAGCCGCAUCUCCUUUCGCUGAUUAAGGGCAAUGUAAGGUCACUGGAUAAUAAAAUGGAUGAACUGACAGCUUUGGUGAGAGAGGAGAAAAUCUUUGCCGAGUGUAGUUUGAUGUGUUUCACAAGCGAGGAGGCGUGGUGGCCUUUUUUAUUAACAAGUGGUGCCACCCUGGAUAUGUGAUGGUCAAAAAGCGUAUGUGCAGCCCUGACAUCGAACUGCUGGCCGUGGGCCUCUAUCCAUAUUAUCUACUCAGAGUUUCCACAUGUUAUCCUCGUCGCUGUUUACACCCCCCCCCCACACCCCACCUUCCGUUAACGCGGCUGUGGCAUGUCACAUCAUACAGACGGACGCCUCCAGCCUGGAGUCCAAACAUCCCUCCCCCCUCUGGCAAAAUCCCUCCCCCUUUUGGGAAAGUCUACAUGCUGUACCUGAGCGGAGGAUGCUGAUCAAACUCCUCUCUAUCCUAGACAACACCCCCCAGCCUCUACAGAGUGUGCUGGCUGGACAGAGGAGCACUUUCAGCCAGAGGCUGAUCAGUAUUAGGUGCUCCACAGAAUGCCACUGGAGAUCCAUCAUACCAGUGGCCAUCAGCCUGUACAAUUCCUCCUCUGUCUGUAAGGGUUGAUCUUCAUCUGUGAAAUAAAAUGCACAAUAAAACUUUAGCAAGUAAUUAGAUGUGUGUGGUGAUGUGUUAGCAUUAUUAUUCUUAGUCUCUAACCCCCAACUGUGACAGCGAUCAAAGUGUGCAAAAUAAUUUCUCUCUGGGAUUAAUAAAGUCUUUUGAAUCCGUCCAUCCGUCCUACCA